AUGGGUAAAAAGGCCAAGGAGUUGAAACAAAGAAUUGAAGCAGCUAAGAAUCUGCCCAAAUUCCUUCGUACGUCAGGACGUUACUGCCCCUGGGUUAAGAAACUGAUAUUUAGCAAGAGAGGGGAGCACCCUGUGGCAAAAGCUAUAGCGGGUUUCUUUUUUGGUGCUGUCUUGUCUGCGAUAUUUUAUCAAUUUAUCAUCAAGGAGUUGGAAUUUACACCGCUAACAACUUGUAUUCUAUCAUUAACAAUUCUCCUUUUCCUGUCAGUGGGAUGUGCCAUUUCAUCACAGCUGCGGUGUACCUGCCUCUUAACAUUUCCUGCAUUUUGUGGAAGAGCAGGUCGUGGAGCUUUAAAAGCUCUUGUUAUAGCAUAUGUUAUUGCUGGGCCAGUAACAAAUCUAACAGCAAACACCAAGGAGGUUAUUCGUUCAUUUGCAUGCACAGUUACUUUAACAUAUAAUCUUACAAAAACACGCUUUGUUCUAAUGUUUAAGCCAUUUCAAGAAGCAUUAAUGGGAGUAAAGGUAGAUACUAGUGAGAUCAAGGAGACCUUAAAUUCUGUCAGAGAUUUGGCUGUACCGAUUGUUAAUGAAAUAGAAGAAAAAAAAGAAGUAAAAAUUCUAAAAGAAGUAAAUGAUUACAUUGAUGAACUUCAGAAUGAAACAAAGAGAUCAUGGAAAAUUGAAUUAAAAUACACAAAACCCAACCUCACACGCUUCAAAAAAAUUGAAGGAGAUUAUUUUGCAAAAUUGGAACAUCGCUGUGAAGGAGUUCUUUCUGCUGCUGAUUCAAAAUGUAAAAGAGUGUUUAAAAAAGCAGAAGAUGGAUGCUACGAAACAUUACAUUGGGCAGUAAGUUACUUGGUUUGCUGGGUGAUGAAACUGGAUUUUGUCUGCAAUGUUGUUGGAAUGUUAGGAGGUGACUCAUCAUGUAAUGCAGCUCGGGAAAUAUCAUCUGGUUUCGGAUCAGGAUAUACAUACAUGGUUGAUUCAAAAUCCAUGCUGGCAAGUGAAUUCAAGACAGCAAGAAUACAAUAUCAGAUUCAAAAGCCAAACAUAAAAAUAGACAUCAGAGGAGCAGCAGACACUGCAAAGGCUGUGGUUAAAGAAUUUCAACAAAAGAAAUCAUUUGUAGACAGUAUUAUAGUUAUGGUAAAACGAGUCUUAACCCUUGUUUUUGUAAAAAUAAUAAUCAAUGCUCAAAAAUACCAAGAUGGUUAUUUAGCAAAUAUACAAUUUGAUAAUGUUUAUAUAACAAAAUAUUUUCGAAAAAUUGAUGCCAGAAGAAAGGAAGCAGAAAAGCACACUCUCUUACCAUUGAAGAAAAUGGAGAAAUCAGGAUUCAUAGACCCUCAUAGCCUCAAACUUUUUCCUAAAGAAAAAAGCCAUGUUAUGGGACAAUCAAUAAAAAUAAUCCUCGAAAUGGUAACAGCUACCACGAUUGUACUAAUAGAUCGUUUAUUUUACGAAUCACUUGAUCUGAUUAGACGUCAUGGAAAGAUUGAAUAUCAUCAAAGUGGUAUACAUGAUCUGAUUAUAAUAGUAGAUGGAACUGGAAUGAUAGCAAAUGUUGUAAGAUCAGUAAUAAAAAAUUUUAAUUUUCGAAAAAGAAUUGAAGAAGACUAUACUAAUGAAUUCUGUCUUCCUAAACCAAGAUAUCCUGAAUGGUCUAUUACCAAAAAAAUAUAUGGCACUUAUACCAUCAUUUUUGUAAUGAUAAUAAUAGAAGGGUACAUUCAGCGCGUUAGAAGAAUGAUAUGUGCUUUCUUUUAUCCAAAGAGGGAGAAAAAGCGAGUUCUUUAUUUAUACAAUGAAACAUUAAAACAAAGGAAAGGCUUCUAUAAAUACAUGAAAAAAAAAGUAAGAAGAAUAAUGAGAGAAAAUAAACUCACACAAGAUAUCAGUUACCUCCUUAUGCUGCGUUUAAAGUUUCCAAAUUUAUUUGGUUGGCUAAAGUGGUUUGAAAAUGCCAAAAGGAAAUGUCUUAUCUGUGGAGAAAAUGAAAAAAAAUCAAGAGAGCAAUAUGAGUGUCCUGUAUGUCUUUAUAUUUACUGCCUAGAGUGCUGGAAUGACAUCGAUAAAACAUGUUACGCCUGCAAUCCUCCUUCAACUGAUGAAGAAGCAUCUGAUGAAGAUCCUCAACCAGCUGAGCGCUAA